AUGUAUUAUUAUGAAGAAAAAAGAAAAAAGGACGAAAUCUAUAUACCUAAAUAAAACUAAAAAGUUUAAUAUUAAGAACAAUAAAAAUUUUAUCAAUCAAAUUAAUAGCCCUAAUAGGUACAGAGAAAUACUUAAUAAAGAGAAUAAAGAAAAAUGGAAUAGAAGAAAAUUGAGAGAAAAAAUGAAAAAUAAAUUCAGAAAUUAAAAAAAGAAUAAUUCAACCUUUUUUUUUAGACAAUUUCGGAUAAAGAUUAAAAUAAAGUUAUUUAAGAAUUAUAUAAUCAAAAUAAUCUUAAAGAUCUAUUUUUCAAUUUAAGAAUAUGUGCGAACUCAUAUGAUUCAUAUACUAGUUUAAUAAAAAAUUUAAGAUAAGCCUAUAAAUAAGAUUUUAAUGUGAUACUUAGUGGUUCAAACUUUAACACUAUAAUUUUCGAGAGAUGCACUUUGUUAUAAUUGUAUCAAAACUCAAUUGAAGAUUUGGAUUAAAAAUUGAUAGAUUUGUAUCAUUUAUUUUUCACUAUGAAAGAUCUUGAUUAUCAAGCCCUAAAGGAAUCUAGCAUUGCUAGUGUAUACAAUCUAUUAAAAAUCAUAGAAGUAUAUAACCCAAAGCUUUAAAGUAAAAUAAGUUUAAUAUGUAAUAAAUUUGAUAAACUUUUAAAUUAAAUAUACUCCUCCAACUAAUUUUUAGAAUGGUAGUAAAUUCCAAUUUAUCCUGUAGCUUUAGAAUUUUUUCCUAAUCCUGGUAUGCACAGUUAAUUAUUCGGGAAAUUAGAAAUUCUUUCUAAAGAAAAUAAAAAUGUUGAUAGAUAUAUUGAUUAUCAUUUUAAUCUAUUAAGAGAAGAUUACAUAUUAGAAUUUAAAGAAGCAAUAAUUAGUUUAAAUGAAUUAGGAUUUGAAAAUAUUGACAAAUCAAAAACAAGCCAAAUAAAGUUGUAUCAUGAUAUAGAAUUGUUAUAAGUAAAUAUGAAUAAUUUUGAAAUCAUGUGGAAAAUUUAAGUGAAAUAAUUUAAUUUUGAUGGAAAAGGAAUGAAAAAAAUAAAUUGGGAAAAAUCUAAUAUACUAAUGCCUGGUUCAUUAAUAUGUUUAACUAAUAUAGAAUGUUAUCCAUUAAUAUUUGGAGUAAUAACAAAAAGAGAUAAAUAUUAAUCUGAAUAUGAAUAUGGUUUAAUAUAAUUAGAAUUUUCAUUUAUUGAUCCUAAUACAUCAAUAAUGCAAUUUUUAAAUUUAUUCUCUUAAAAAACAAUACUCAUUUAAUUUGAUGGUUUAGUUGAACCAAUACACUACUAUUUAUAAGCUUUGAAAUCAAAAACAAGUUUACCCUUUUAAAAUAUUAUUGUUGAAAAUUAAAACGAUGUUAAAUACCCUGAAUAUUUAAAUAAUAAAUAGAAAUUUGAAAUUGAUCUUUCAAAAAAUGAUUAAUAUAGAGGUUAUAUAUUCAAUAUAUUGAAUCCUAUAUGGCCAGAAUUAAACUCAACUUUGGAUGGAUCUCAAUUAAAUGCAAUUAAAAUAAUGCUUUAAAAAUAAGUAGCUUUAAUCUAAGGUCCUCCUGGAACAGGUAAAACCUAUUGUGGAGCUCUCGCUGUUAGAAUACUUUAUCAAAAUUUACUGAAUAAUAAUUUUCCUAUUUUAAUAGUUUGUUAUACAAAUCAUGCCUUGGAUUAGUUUUUAGAACAUAUAAUAAAAUUUGUUCCUCUUGAAGAUGUGGCAAGAUUGGGAGGAGCUUCAAAACAUCCAGAAUUAUAAAAAUGUUAAAUUAGAUGUAGAUAGAAAAUUGACUUUGAAUUUUAAAUUUUCAACAAGUUGAAAUAGAAAAUCAGCAAAGUAAUUGAAAGAAUGUUAAAAUAUGAUUAUAUAAUUCGACCGAAAGAUAUUAAAAAAUAUUGGCCAGAGCUAUAUAAUAUCAUUAUUAAAAAAUUCAUUGAGGAUAAUAAUUUAAAUUAUGAAUUUUUUAUUAAUUAGUAAGAAUAAGACUAAUUGGUGAAUUUUUGGAUUGAAUGUGAUAAUUCAGAAGAUGAUACACUUGAAAAUAGCUAUUAAGAUGAAAUGUCUAAAUAUUUUAAAAUGGAUCAAUUUUAUUAAGAAUCUGAAUAAUUUAAGCAUCUAAUAAAAAGUGACUGUUUAUAAUAAUAGUAGUUUUAAAGUGAAGAUGAGGAUUUAAAUAUUUAUUUAGAUUCAGAUGAUGAAGCACACUCUUAUAAUAAUUAUUAUAAAGAAGCUAAUUUUGAUCUAAUUGCUGUGGAUAAUGCAAUAAAAUAAUUUAAUGAAAAGUAACAAAAUUUUUAAUUACUUCAUUAUGAUUUUUAAUCAAUACAAAAGAUAAUUAAUUAUGUUAUUCAUCAAAAAGGUAAUCCUUGGUUUUUAAAUCCUAAUGAUAUAGAAUAGAUCUUAAUUUAUUUAGAAAGUCUUAGAUAUUAAAAUGAUAGUGUUAAAUUUAGUCGUUUAUAUCAAUAAUUUAUAGAUUUAUCUAAUAAUCUUAAAGAAUUAUAUGAUGAAAAUGAGAUCAAAAUAUUGAAUAGUAUGAAAAUAGUAGGAGUAACAGUUACUGGUGUUGCUAAAUAAGCAAAAAAAUUAGAAAAAUUAAAUACAAAGAUUAUGAUUAUAGAGGAAGCUGCUGAAGUUUUGGAAUCUCAUGUUGCUAGUAUACUUACUAAAAAUUUAUAACAUUUGAUUCUAAUUGGAGAUCAUCAAUAAUUAAAACCAAAAUUAAAAAAUUAUUCCUUAUAAAUGAAAUUAAAAAAUGCUGAUGUAUCUUUAUUUGAAAGAUUAUUUUUUAAUGACAUUCCAAGUGCUAUACUUACUUCAUAAAGAAGAAUGAAAUCUAAAUUUGCAGAUUUUAUACGAUUAAUUUAUAGUAAUUCAUAUUAAGAUCAUCCAGAUAUUAAUAAAUAAAAUAAUAUUGAAAUUCAAGGUUUGGAAAAAGAUUUAGUGUUUUUUAAUCAUAAAUGGCCUGAAGCCUCAAAUGAAAAAUCAAAAGAAAAUAAAUUAGAAGCUUAAAUGAUAUUUGAAAUGGUUCAAUAUCUUUGUAAGUGUGGUUAUUAAUAAACUUAAAUUAGUGUACUUACUUUAUAUUUGAGACAGGCUUAAGUAUUAAAAAGUUAAUUUUUUAAAUCUGGAUAUAAUAAUAUAAUAGUAUAAACAGUAGAUAAUUAUUAAGGAGAAGAAAAUGAUAUUGUGAUAAUAUCUUUAGUAAGAAACAAUUAAAAUAAUAAAUUAGGAUAUAUUUAAAUAGAAAAUCGAAUUAAUGUAGCUUUAUCAAGAGCAAGACUAGGUUUAUAUGUAUUUGGAAAUUUUGAUUUUAUUUAUAAAGCAUCAAUCAAUGGUAGUCUAUGGUAAAAAAUAAUAUAAUUAGCUAAGAUUAAGAAUUAUUUGAACGAUUAUAUUAAUACUAAAUGUAUUCCCCAUGGUAAUCUACAAAAAAUAAAGUAUCCUGAAGAUUGGAAGAAAAUUAAACCAUUUUUUUGUAAUAAAAAAUGUCUAAAAAUGUAUUCUAAUUGCAAUCAUUUAUGCAAUUUGGAUUGUCAUAUCAGUGAUUUUCAUUCAGAAGAAUCCUGUCCAUUUUAAUGUGAUCGAGUAAUGUAAUGUGGACAUAAAUGUAAAUUAUUAUGUAAAGAUAAAUGCUAAUGCAAAGAAAUAAUUGAUUUAUAAUUGUCUUGUGAACACCAAAUAAAAACAAUUUGUGGAACUAAUCCUUAAACAUAAAAAUGUUUAAAAGAGGUUUAAAUAUAAUAUCCUAAAUGUCUUCACAUAAAAAAAUUUAUUUGUUAUCAAAGGGAUAAAUAUAUAUAUUGUUAAUAAAAAUGCGAAAGAAUUCUUAACUGUGGGCAUACUUGUAAUAAAAUUUGUUAUGUUGAUUGUGGAAAUUGUAUGUAGGAAUGCAAUAAAGUAAGGCCAUGUGGACAUAAUACUAUAUGCAAAAAUUUUUGUUAUGAAGAUUGUUCACCUUGUGAUUUUCCAGUUUAGACUGAAUUAGACUGUGGACAUACAAUUGAAUUUCCAUGUAUUUCAUAGAAGAAAGAUUAAUAAAAUCAUAAAUGCUAAUAAAAUUGUAGAAAAAAGAGAGAAUGUGGUCAUUAUUUAUAAAUUUGUGAAAAUAAAUGUCAUGAAUAAUGUUCCCCAUGUUAUUUUCCAAUAGAAAAAUAAUUAAAAUGUAGUCAUUAUGUAAUUGUAAAUUGCUUUGAAGCUAAUAAUAAAGAAUAAGAAAUUAGAUGUAUAGAAGCAUGUCAAAAACCAAGAUAAUGUGGACAUGAUUAAACCUGUCUAAAUAAAUGUUAUUAAGAAUGUUCACCUUGUUAAGUGAUGAUAUCAAAAAUACUUAAUUGUGGACAUUCAAUCUAAAUAGAAUGCUAUAAAUAAAAUUAAGAAUAUUAAUGUUAAUAAAUAUGUACUAGAAAAAGAGAUUGUAAUCAUGAUUAAUAAUGCACAAAUUUAUGUUAUGAAUAAUGUUCACCAUGCAUUUAAAUAAUUAAUCACACUUUGCCAUGUAAUCAUAAUCAUUAAUUUGAAUGUCAUUCAUUUAACAUCUCACUUUAAUAAUUUAUUUGUCAUGAACCUUGUUUAUUAUAAAGAUCAUGUGGCCAUACUAGUGUAUGUUUAUCAAAAUGUUAUGAAAAUAAAUGCUCCCCAUGUUUAUAAAUAGUAAAUAAAAAGUUAGAUUGUGGACACAUAAUAAAAAUAAAAUGUUGUGAAUUUUAAUAAACAUAAAUAUGCUAAGAGCCCUGUAAUAAAAUUAGAGAAUGUGGUCAUAUCAAUCUAUGUAAAAAAUUAUGCAUUGAACCAUGUCAACCAUGUGAAUACGAUGUUCUAAAGACCUUACCUUGUAAUCAUUAGAGUCUUGUUAAAUGUUAUUAAUAAUCCUAACCUAUAAUUUGUAAAGAAAAUUGCAUAAAAGUUAGAGAUUGUGGUCAUUAUUAUCCAUGUACUAAUUUGUGUUUUGAAACUUGUACACCCUGUAAAUCAGUAAUUUUAUAGAAACUUCAAUGUAAACAUGAAAUUGAUAUUGAAUGCAGUUAACUUUCUCUUGUUUAAUUGAAUUAUAAAUGCUCUUAAUAGUGUAUUAAAACCAGAAUUUGUGGUCAUAAUUAUCCUUGUUAUAAUAUUUGUUACACUAAUAAUGAAUGUACUCCUUGUUAAGCUAAUAUUUAAAAAGAUUUAGUUUGUGGUCAUUAAUUCUAAAUCAAGUGCUUUUAAAGGAUGCAAAAAUUUAAUAUAUUAUGUGAUAAGCCUUGUAAAAAAUAAAGACCUUGUAAACAUAAUAUAUCUUGUCAAAAUAAAUGUUAUGAACCUUGCUCACCUUGCACUAAACUAUGUGAGAUUGUCUUAAACUGUGGUCAUUAAGGAGUUAUUAAAUGCUUUUAAAAAGAUGAUUAAAGUGUAUUGAAUAAAAUAUAAUGUUUUCUCCCAUGUACAAAAAAAAGUAAUUGUGGUCAUAAUUCUAAUUGUAAAAAAUAAUGUUAUUAAAAAUGUGAUCCAUGCUCAACUUAGGUCUAAAAACUUUUAAAUUGUGGUCAUUUUUAUAAAGCUUUUUGUUAAUAGGAUCCAAAUACAAUUAAAUGUUAAGAACCUUGUAAAAUUAAAUUAAACUGUGGUCAUCCUUGCUAAUAAAUUUGUGGAACUCCAUGUUUAAGAUGUGAAUAGAUAAUUAUUAAAUUAUUCCCAAAUUGUUCUCACCAACUUGAAAUAAAAUGUUAUGAAAAUAAUUAAAUUUUCCAAUGUUAAUAAUAAAUUUCAGUUAUUAAAUCUUGUAAAAACCAUUUUGCUUAAAUUAAAUGUUGUGAACAAGAUUAAUUUAUUUUAGAAUGUCAAGAAUGCAAAAAUAAAAAUUGCAAAAUAUUUUGA